AUGUCAUUGGAUAAGAUGAAUGAUCCAAGAAAAGAAAGUAAUCGGGACGCUGAUAAUGAAGAGGACAAAUUAAGUCAAUUGCAGCGAUCGUUAGAGAGUAUUCAAAUAUGUCAAAAUUUCACAGCAUCACCACUAUCCAGCUGUCAGAAUGGCUCAUUCUCAACGCCAGUGCGAACUAUUAAGGUCAGAUGUCAUCCGAACGAAGUACCUUUCACAGUUCAUGGUGGUGCAGCACGCAAUCAGCUGAUCCUCAUCGAAUUCAUUCAUCAUCCUGAUCUGCUCAACGUUCUCCAUACGGACGAUGUCAUACUAUCAGUUGAUGGAAGGCAAAUAUCAGGGAUGCUGUUGAGUGAUGUUCAGUUGUUGUUGGAUGUUUCAUUUGUCACCAAAGAACUGAUCACUUUGGAAAUCAUCAACGGAGCAUCGAUUCCUAACGAUUUAACCGAAUUGCUAUCGAACAAGGAUUAUGCUGAACUUCAAAAAAUUAUUCGAAUUAACGUUUACCAGAAAACAGUUCCGUAUACGACACGUCCUCGAAAAGCCGAUGAAAUCGAUGGAGUACAUUAUCGUUUUGUGAAUGUAGCAUUUUUCAGUUAUCUCCAACAAACGAAUCAACUUCUUGAGUACGGCCAUUAUCAAGGUGAUCAUUCUAAUUGA